AUGAUCGCUCCUCUCCCUCAGCCUGGUCCUUCUCAACCUACGUAUCCGUAUGUUAUUACCGUCAAUCGAAAAGGGAAAGAACGAGCCUCCUCCGAUUACUUCGCCCCCUCACCACUCGAAGAUUCCGGUUGGCCACCUGCAAGAGAGAGUGAGCGUUGGACGACCUCGGAGCUAUGGAAGAGGAGUAGAGCAAGGGCGAAAUCAGAUAAGACCUCUUGGGAUUAUGUAUUGACCAGCGGAGUGGCUGGAGGAAUAGCUGGGUGUGUGGCAAAAACAGCUAUAGCCCCGUUGGAUAGGGUGAAGAUACUGUUUCAAACCAGUAAUGCGGAUUUUCGGAAGUAUGCAGGUACUCCUCUCGGUCUGAUACAUGCUACUGGUAUGAUCUACCGGACGUCAGGGAUACGGGGUUUAUUUCAAGGUCAUUCAGCCACGUUGAUGAGGAUAUUUCCAUAUGCUGGGAUAAAAUACAUGUUGUACGAUUGGAUGGAGAGGAUACUGAUACCCACACCUGAACAAAGAUCACCCUGGCGAUUCUUUGUAGCAGGAGCCACCUCCGGUGUCGCCUCCGUACUUUGUACAUACCCUCUCGAACUCAUCCGUGUUCGUCUAGCAUACCAAACCAAACUAUCCGAGCGGACCUCACUCUUACAAGCUGUCAAAUCGAUAUAUCACGAGAACGAUGUUGUUCACUCGCGUAAAAACAAUAUAUCACCUUUCAUCCGAUCUAUACCCCUAUACCCCUUCUAUCGCGGUUUCUCGAUAACUAUACUGGGUAUGAUCCCUUACGCUGGUGUUUCAUUCCUCACCUAUGGUACACUCAAAAAGCACGCUCCGGAGUAUGUACCCUACCUUAGAGAUAGACCAACAAUGCGAGAUCUUAGUUGUGGAGCUAUAGCAGGAGCGGUCAGUCAAACUGCUAGUUAUCCUUUUGAAGUGAUUAGGAGGAGGAUGCAAGUUGGUGGUACGUUAGGUAAUGGAGGGAUCAACCCAAAACAAGCUAUACAGAACAUAUAUCAGGCGAAGGGUUGGAGAGGGUUCUUCGUAGGGCUCAGUAUCGGGUACAUAAAGGUUAUACCUAUGACCAGUAUUGCGUUCGCCACUUGGCAGUUGUUGAAGCGCUCCUGGGAGCUAUAG